ACGUCUCGAUCAGUUGAACAUAUACCGCUGUUACGUACGCUUUAUUUAUCUCGGUGCGCAGUUCGCGAUAUUAAUAAUACACGAGAGUCGAUUUCUCCGACCAAAAUAUAUUUGGCCAAGUGCCAUCGCGUUCGCGGAUGGCAUCGCGUCUAAUCUCGUCUUCUCAUGCGACCGAAUAGUAACUAUAAUUAUGACCGGUUAAAAAUUCAAUUUGUAGCUCUUGGCAUGCUGCAUAUUCAAGCAGGAAAUCUCGUGACGUCAAGCAAAAUGCAUCUAGCGAUUCUCUUUCUGUUGCUGAAUUGUCUAGCGGCGCCGGCUGCAACGGGAAAUGUCGUGCUGAUUAUUACCGACGAUCAGGACUCGACUUUAGAUGGCAUGACGCCGAUGGUAAAUACUCUGAAUCUCAUAGCAUCUCAGGGUGUCACGUUCACGAAUUGCUUUGUAGCUUCGCCUAUCUGUUGCCCGAAUCGAGCGUCCAUUCUGACCGGACGGUAUCAGCAUAAUCAUCUGACAGUGAAUAAUUCAAUCGCCGGUGGUUGUAGUAGCGCGGAAUGGCAGAAAUUCCAAGAACCGGCGACGUUUGCCGCUCUUUUGCAAAAUGUCGCCGGAUACAGGACGUUUUACGCCGGAAAAUAUUUGAACGAGUAUGGAAACAAAAAAGUUGGCGGUGCAGCUCACGUACCGGUGGGAUGGGAUUGGUGGGCCGGUCUUAUAGGAAAUUCCAAAUAUUACAAUUAUUCAUUGUCGAUAAAUGGUACCGAGAUGAAGUACGGUGAUAGUACGAGCGAUUAUCUUACAGAUGUAAUCAAUAAUCUGGCUGUAGAUUUUAUUAACGGAUACUCCGACGACCAACCUUUCCUCAUGGUAUUAGCACCUCCGGCCCCUCACGCGCCUUUUACACCUGCUGAUAGACAUAAUGACAAAUACAAUGGCACAAAAGCAAAGAGAACCCCGAACUUUAACGUUCCCGUGCAUCAGGAUAAACAUUGGUUAGUUAGGAAAGGUCCAACUCCUUUGCCAAGCAGUGUAUUACCAAAAUUGGAUGAGAUAUACAGGAAGAGAUGGGAAACUUUGUUAGCGGUCGAUGAGCUCGUUAAAAAUAUACACAAUUUAUUGAAAGAGCGAAAUCUCUUGAACGAUACCUAUUUUAUUUAUACCUCCGACAAUGGAUAUCACGUUGGACAAUUUAGCAUGCCCAUGGAUAAGCGUCAACCCUAUGAAACAGAUAUACGAGUUCCAUUACUGAUAUCCGGUCCAGGAAUUGACUCGUCUACAAUUUCCGCGGCAGUUAGCAGCGUCGAUAUCUUCGCCACGCUCUUAGAUAUAGCCGGUAUAGAAUAUCCAUCAGACGGAAGAACGCUGUUUAAAACAACGCGUGAUUUACCGCAAGAUCGCACUGUUCUGAUAGAAUACAGGGGAGAGAGAUCUAAAAAGACCCCGUCGUCCGGUUGUCCGAGCGACAGCGAUCCUAAUAUUACACUAUGCAUGAAAGAAAUGGCGUGUAAAUGUCAGGAUGCUGUGAACAAUACGUUCAGUUGUAUUCGUCGCGUUUCUCCAUACUUCAAUAACAUCUUCUGCAUCUUUGAAGAUGAUCAGAGAUUUAUCGAAUCUUACGAUAUAUACGUUGAUAAGUAUCAAAUGACGAAUAUUGGAUAUACUAUGAAGAAAAAAUUGAGAUCCAGAUUCAGGAAACGUCUCAAGAGAAUGGCGGUAUGUCAGAAUGCGGAAUGCGUUUUCACAUUUGGGAAGUAAAUUUGAAUAAUAUUACAUACCGUUUCUAUACAUGUAUAUUUAUGGGAAAUUAUUAAUGUCUUAUAAAGAUACGAUUUAUUUUAUUUUUUUUUACUGUAAUAAAGAUCGCGCGCUAUGAUAUAACGUCUCCGUCCGUUCUAGAUCGCGGAAACAAGAGCGCGGAAAGUUGUCUUAUCUCGAAUUAUUGCAUUUAUGGAAAUCGCCGUCGAAGAAUACGCCGCGAAUCUGGAUAUAAGAAUAACUCGCCUUGCUCGAAGGAGGAGGGCAGCAUCCCUCCCCAACGGAGAACUGUUUUCUUAACAAAUAUUUUUAUUAAAGCCCCGCGGAGAGAUAGAGAGAGAGAGAGAGAGAAAGAGAGUCUCGAAUAUUUGAAUAGCAAUAACGGUAUUCACGAAAGUAAAGGGAAGAGGAGGAAAGGACGAUGUGGAAAAAACCGAGCAUUGAAGACAGAAUCGAGACUAUAUUAGACAUGUACAUAUUUGCAUAUAUUAUUAUUGCUAAAACAUUUCUGAUUUCUCCGCGGAUUUGUGACGAUGCGUGCGAAAAACGAUUCUUUACUCGAUAUACUCCGGCUCGUUCGCACUAUUAUUUUACACAUGUAAGGAUUAUAAGUAUCUUAUGGAUAUCAAAAUUAGUAAACGUAUAUAUUGAGAUAAUAUUGCAGAUAUACGGUUGUUAUAUUAAAUAUAUAAAUAAUCAAAAGGAAUUUAGGAUCUUUACAGAUAAAAAUAUCUCAAUAUGUUUACAGUUUUUAGUUUUAUUACAUAUAUAUUUUGCUUUUGAUUUUAUAUGCGACAUAUAGGCAGGAAAUAAAAGCGUGUAUCUUUUGGUUGCUCA